AUGCAGGCCUUUAACAAUGAUGUGGAUACAACAACACAUGAAUCUGGUGAAAAACAACAUUAUCUCCAAAGAAAGAAAAAACGUGAUUUAGCACUUGAAUCUUGGAAAUGGAAUGAAGUUAUUGAUCUUGUAAGUUCUGAUAAUCAACAUCAGUUGACUGAUGAAGAUGAUACAACAGAUACAGCUGAGUCAGUAAAACCGUUCAAAAUCCCCCGACUCACGAUCCAGACCCGAAACAGGUUCUUUAAGCUUCGUCAUCUACCGGAUGACGAAGAUUACGGAAAUUGGUUGGAGUCACCUGUAGAUAUGAACCAACCAAUACAAGAAUAUGAUGCGCCACGUCAGGCUGAAGAUGAUGUAGGUGUGAUCCAGCAAAAUCCGGUUGGAAAUGAUGUACAUAUUCCAACAGGAGCUGUUGUGGCUUGGCCGGAUGAAGAAUGA